GGAGCCGUAGUUCGCUGCGGAGGGCGCACGUGAAGGGACGAUGAGUGGAAGGCGCAGAGCUCCACUGGGGCCCGACGGAGAUUCCUCGUCAGCCCGACUGGAAGGGGCGGCCAAGAAGCGGGUCAAGCGGGAGCUGCACGCCGAGUUCUUGUCGGCCCUGAGGGAGCAGGCCCUGAGGGAGAAAGUGGCCGCGGCAUGGACCCGCAAGGAGGCGCUGGAGCACGAGGCCAUUGUGCUGGAUCCCGUUCCCUUCCACCACUGUGUCAUCCCAAACUUCAUUCAAAAUGAGAACUUUUUAGAAGGGCUGAAGAAGGAACUUUUGACCCUGGAUUUCCAUGAAAAGUGCAACGAUCUGUACAAAUUCAAACAGUCAGACGACUUGAAGAAGAGAGGAGAGCCUCAUGUUGCAGCAUUAAGAAAAGUUCUCUUUGAAGACUUCCGGACUUGGCUUUCUGAGGUGGUCCAGGUGGAGCUAGAGUCGACCACUGAUCUGUCCUGUGCUAAAUAUGAGUACACAGAUAACCUGCUCUGCCAUGACGAUGAGCUGGAGGGGCGGCGAAUUGCCUUCAUCCUUUAUCUUGUGCCUCCGUGGGACGAGAAUGAUGGAGGUACCCUAGACCUCUUCAGCACGAAUGAUAACUUCGAACCUUUACAAGUCAUCAAGUCACUGGUGCCUUCGUGGAACUCGCUCGCUUUCUUUGAAGUAUCGCCAGUCUCUUACCAUCAGGUGUCUGAAGUCAUUUCCAAAGACAAGUGCCGUUUGUCAGUGAGUGGCUGGUUUCACGGCCCCACCAUUGGAAGACCAGCACGCCACGUGGAAGCCCCCCCGCUACGGGUCCCCCACAUCCCUCAUGAUCAUGAAAUCUUGUAUGAGUGGAUCAAUCCCAUUUAUCUGGACAUGGAUUCCCAGGCCCAGAUCCAAGAGGAAUUUGAGGAACGAUCCGAGAUCUUGCUGAAGGAUUUUCUUAAGAGAGACAAGUUCCAGCUGGUCUGUGAGGCUCUGAAGAGUGAAGAAGUCCGAUGCAGCAGCAGGGGGCCCCCUAACAAAAGGCACUAUGGAAAAGCCGAAGAAGCAAGGCUGCCAGCCAUGCUGAAGGCCUGCAUGGAGCUCUUCCACUCCGAGGCCAUGUUCCUGCUGCUCUCCAACUUCACGGGCUUGAAGCUGCAUUUCUUAGCUCCUGGGGACGGGGAGGAAGAGGAAGGAGAGAAGGCUGCUGGAGGGGAGUCUUCUAAAUGCGCACAAGAAGAGAGCAGUCAGAAGGAAGCUGGUAGGGGAGACACGGACAAGUCUGGCAGAAAUGAGGACCACUGUGGAGAAAGCGGCUCAAAGGUCCCGAUGUGUGCUGGAGAGCUGAGACAUUGGACAAGGGGUUCCUACACCCUCAUUCACGAUGCACAGUCAACAGAGUUUGCCCUCGACCUGCUGCUGUUCUGUGAGUGCGAAGAUUGGGAUGCGGAAUAUGGCGGCUUCACUUCAUACAUUGCAAAAGGCGAAGAUGAAGAGCUGCUGACAAUUAAUCCAGAGGCCAACUGUUUGGCCUUGGUUUACAGAGAUCGAGAGACGCUGAAAUUUGUGAAAUACAUUAACCACCGUAGUUUGAAGCAGACAGCAACACAGCCUGAACAAACUGGAUUCUGGGACUUCUGCUUUGUUUACUAUGAAUGAUGUGUGGCAUGGACUUAUAGACAACCCUGCUUUCUGCUAAAAUGCUCAGUAAAGUGACUUCUGUUAUAGGCAAAGAUCUUACUAUACCAUCUCUUCUUCCUGGCCAUCUUGACAAAAGUGAAUUCUUUGCCUUGAUCAAGUGUC